UAAGUCCCAAGUUUCAACUAAAUCUUUGUUUUCAUUUCGUUAACCACACAACACUUGUUUUAUUAUUAGCUCUUCUUCUUCUUCUUCUUCUUCUUCUUCCUCUUCUCCAAUUCCCGGGUUCUUGAGUAGCAACAGCAUCUCCGUCUCUCUCAUUUGCCCUGUUGUCUUUCUCCCGUUCUCAUCCCAAUUUCAUCCCCAUCCUAUGCAGAGCUAGAGAGAGAUAAAGCAAGCAGCUCACACAACCAAAAAUGGAGAUUGAAUUGGAGCCCCGUGUGAAGGCGUUGGACUACAAAGUGAAAGGAGUUUCUAGAGAAUCGCCGUCUCAGAAAGCUGCUAAUGUUCUUGAUUUGGAUCUUCGUACUCAUUGGUCCACUGCCACCAACACCAAAGAGUGGAUUCUUCUUGAGUUAGAUGAACCUUGUUUAUUAUCACAUAUUCGCAUCUACAAUAAGUCUGUCCUCGAAUGGGAAAUUGCUGCUGGUUUGCGAUACAAGCCAGAGACAUUUGUAAAAGUUCGUUCACGCUGUGAAGCACCUCGACGUGACAUGGUUUACCCUAUGAACUACACUCCGUGCCGCUAUGUAAAAAUAUCUUGUUUGCGUGGAAAUCCAAUAGCUGUGUUUUUUGUUCAGCUGAUUGGUGUUCCAGUGUCUGGCUUGGAGCCAGAGUUCCACCCUGUUGUGACUCACUUGUUGCCAAAUAUUGUAUCACAUAGACAAGAUGCCGAUGAUAUGCAUCUUCAGUUGCUUCAAGACAUGACAGUCAGGUUAUUUCCAUUUCUUCCACAACUUGAGACAGACCUUUUGGGGUUCUCAGAUGCUCCUGAUCUUAACUUACGUUUUCUUGCAAUGCUUGCUGGUCCUUUCUAUCCAAUACUACAUCUUGUGAAUGAGAGAGCAGCAUCGAAGUCUACUGCAAAUGGAACUGAAAUUGAAGUUUCUAAGAACUAUCAGAUGUCUUCACCAUUGACCGUUUCUUCAAAUUUUGAGCCACGGAAGUCCCGCAGUAUAUUACCUGUGGUCCCAUCUACAUCAAGCUCUGUAGUAUUUCGCCCCGAUGCAAUCUUCACACUUUUAAGAAUGGCUUACAAAGAUUCUACAUUCGGUUCUGUAUGCAGAGUGGCUUCUAGAAUACUGUUGAAGCUUGUUGAACCCAUUGCAGUACCAGAAGUUUCAUCAUUGGCUGAUGAAGCAGUUGUUUCUGAUGAGUUUUCAAAACCUGCAUCAUCAGAUCCUAUCUCCAUCAUCGAUUACUCAAAAUUGUUUGGAGAAGAUUUUGAAGUGCCUGAUGAUAAAUGGGAUUUGAGCUAUCUUAGCAUCCUGGAUGUUGGUGCAGUGGAAGAAGGCAUUUUACAUAUUCUUUUUGCUUGUGCGUCUCAGCCUAAUAUUUGCAGUAAACUGGCAGAGAGGUCUGUUGACUUGUGGUUAGCUUUACCUCUUGUACAGGCAUUGCUUCCAGUUCUUCGUCCUCCUUUGAGCAGUCCCUUUGAUGUGGUCAAUGACAUCUUUUCUCUAUGGAAGCGGCCAGUGGUGCAACAGGCUCUCUCUCAGAUUGUGGCAACGCUGUCAUCACCAUUAUACCAUCCUCUUCUACAUGCUUGUGCUGGCUAUCUAUCAUCAUUUUCUCAAUCACAUGCUAAGGCUGGAUGUGUACUGAUUGACUUAUGUUCUUCUGUAUUAGCUCCUUGGAUGCCUCGCAUUAUUGCAAAGGUCGAUCUGGUUAUUGAGCUUCUAGAAGAUCUUUUGGGUGUCAUCCAGAAUGCACGACAUUCCCUUGAUCAUGCUCGUGCUGCUUUAAAAUAUAUUCUGCUGGCUUUAUCUGGUUAUUUUGACGAUAUACUAGGAAACUACAAGGAAGUAAAACACAAGAUUCUCUUUCUCGUGGAGAUGCUAGAGCCUUUUCUUGAUCCUGCCAUAUGUGGGUCAAAGACCACAAUAGCUUUUGGAGAUCUUUCUCCUGUUUUCCCUCAAAACCUGGAAAACAGUUGUGUGAUCGCUCUCAAUGUCAUCCGCUCGGCAGUUCAAAAACCAUCUGUUCUUCCUUCACUAGAAUUUGAAUGGAGGCGUGGGUCAGUUGCUCCUAGCGUGCUUCUUUCAGUUUUGCAACCUCACUUGCAGUUACCUACUGAAGUUGACCUUCGGAAUUCCUCUACUUCCAAACCUCUCAACCAUGAUUUUUCUGUCAGUAGUCAGUUAGGAAAUUCUUCAAAAUUUAAUGCCCUAAAUGAAUGUGAGGGGAAGAUAGAUGAUCAUGACACGGCUGGAAAAUCUGAUGUCAAUGAAGAUGCCAGCCCUUUUUUUGUGCCUCCAGAAUUGCGGUGUGAACGAUUAGAUAAUCAUUCUAGUUGUUUAAAUGAAGGUAGCUUAAUCUCUAGCCACGGAAAUGUGAACAUAGAUUCUAAAGAAAUGGUUCAAGGGACGAAUCCUGACCGCUUUCAUGGAGAACUGAUUUUGGAUUUUGGAAUUAAUAUUGAGUACUUCAACUUAGAAGCAGAUUAUCUUCAACUUGUAAACUAUCGUGAUUGUGAAGUGAAGGCUUCUGAGUUUCGCCGUUUAGCUCUGGAUCUAAGUUCACAAAGCGAGCUUACUUCUGAGGGUCAUGAUGCAGCCAUAGAUGCAUUACUCUUGGCGGCAGAGUGCUACGUCAACCCAUAUUUUAUGAUGUCUUGCAGGUACAAUUCAAAUCAUGUGAAAUUUUUGAAAAGUAGUGAGACCACGUUUAACCCAACCUCAGGGUUGACUAGACUUGCUGGCAAGAGUAAAGCUGAUCUGGAAACAAUAGCUCACCUUGAACGAAAAAGAGACAAGGUUGUUCUUCAAAUUUUGCUGGAGGCUGCUGAAUUGGAUAGAAAAUAUCAUCUGAAUUUGAAUGAUUCGGAGUUUUGUCCAUAUAAUGGUGAAGAAUUAGAUGAAAAAAUGAUCAUGUUGUCGUCCAAUGACGUUCAAUCUGCAGAUGCUGUGACCUUAGUACGACAAAAUCAAGCUCUGUUGUGCACUUUUGUCAUUCGACUCUUACAGCGAAAGCCUAAUUCAAUGCAUGAAAUCCUAAUGCAAAGUCUUCUCUUUUUGUUGCAUUCGGCCACUAAACUACAUUGUUCUCCUGAAGAUGUUACUGAUAUCAUUUUAGGAUCAGCAGAGUUUCUAAAUGGAAUGCUAACAUCUUUGUAUUAUCAAAUCAAAGAUGGAAAUUUACGGUUGGAACCUGGAACAAUUCAUGGCACACAGAGACAUUGGAUACUUCUUCAGAAAUUGGUUCAUGCAAGUAGUGGAGGUAAUUAUCGGACAGACUUCACAUCAAGUGCCAAUAACAGUAUUUGUUCUGGGAAUCUCAUUCCUGCUUCUGCCUGGAUGCAAAGAAUUUCUAAAUUUUCUGUUAGCCAAUCACCUUUGGCUCGUUUCCUUGGUUGGAUGGCAGUUUCCCGUAAUGCAAAACAGUAUACGAUGGACCGUCUUUUUCUUGCAUCAGAUUUACCACAGUUAACAAGUUUGUUGCAUAUAUUUUCUGAUGAGCUUUCUGGUGUAGAUAAUAUUUAUAAAAGGCAUAAUAAAGUUGAAAUUGAAGAAACAGAGAACAAAGAUCUUGGAACAGUUGAACAGCAUGGUGGUCAAUCAUUUCAUGUUAUGUACCCUGAUCUUAGCGAAUUCUUUCCUAAUAUGAGAAAUCACUUCGUAGCUUUUGGAGAAGUCAUUUUAGAGGCUGUAGGAUUGCAACUGAGAUCACUUUCCUCUAAUGCCCUUCCUGAUAUAUUAUGUUGGUUUUCUGACCUCUGUUCCUGGCCAUUUUUCCAGAGUGAUGCAACUUCUCAUUCUAGGUCUCAUUUCAUUAAGGGCUAUGUUUCAAAGAAUGCAAAAUGCAUUGUGCUUCAUAUUCUUGAAGCCAUUGUAAGUGAACACAUGGAACCGAUGAUUCCUGAGAUCCCUCGACUUGUGCAAGUGCUAGUUUCCCUUUGUGGAGCUGCGUAUUGCGAUGUACCAUUUCUUAACUCUGUGGUGCUUUUGUUAAAGCCACUUAUUUCAUAUUCUUUACAGAAGAUUUCUAUUGAAGAACAAGUAUUGGAUGAUGGUUCAUGUACAAAUUUCGAGUCUUUGUGCUUUAAUGAACUUCUGAGUAACAUCAAGGAGAAUGUGGAUAGGGAUGAUUCCCCUGGAAAAGUUUAUAACAAAGCACUGUCUAUCUUUGUAUUGGCUUCCUUUUUUCCUGAUUUCUCUUUUCAACGCAAGAGGGAGAUAUUGCAAUCCUUAAUCUCUUGGGUUGAUUUUACCUCAUCACAACCAACAUCAUAUUUUCACGAUUACUUGUGUUCAUUCCAAAAAGUAAUGGAAAGCUGUAGAGACUUGCUACUUCAGAAUUUAAAAGCAUUUGGUGGUAUUCCAAUAUAUCUAUCUGACCUUGAGGAUGCAAGCUCUAAUACACUCUUUGAAGAGAGUUCAAAAUUACAUCUAGGGUUUAUCUGUGAUAUUUACAAGAACCUGGUAUCUAAUAGCAAUUCUGAAAAUUUAGAAAGUAAGAAUGAGGGAAACAAUACAGAAUUAUCUGUGGAGGAAAUAGUCGAAUUUCGUAAAGAUCUCGAUGUCUUUAUUUCCAAGCUUUUCCCCACUAUUGAGCAAUGUUGGAAUCUUCAUCAUCAACUGGCUAAAAAUUUGACUGUGACAUUGGCCGAGUGUUUGGUUUACUCGCAGUACCUUUCUUCAGUAGCCCUGAAUGCUUGCAGUACUGAAAAGGAAGAGGGCGAACAUGCUACACAAUCAAAGACAAGCAAUCAACUCCUUGUCUACUUGAGAGGCGGUCUUAGGAGAUUGGCUGAAACUGCCAUAAAGCUUGAAGAAGAAAGUUGUUGGGAAGCUGCUUCUGUGAUUAUUGAUUGUCUGCUUGGUUUGCCUCGUAGUUUACACUUGGAAAACAUUGUUUCUACUAUUUGUUCUGCACUCAGGAGUGUUUCUUGCAAUGCACCAAGGCUCAGUUGGCGUCUGCAAACCCAGAGGUGGUUGUCAGCGUUACUCAGAAGAGGCAUCUCCGCUGGCAAUGGAGAUGAAGUUUCUCUAGUUGAUAUGUUCUGCACAAUGCUGGGACAUCCUGAGCCCGAGCAACGAUACAUAGCUCUUCAGCAGUUGGGUAAUUUAGUUGGCAUAGAUGUCUUUGAUGGCACUGCUGCACAACAAUAUUCCCAAAUUCGCAGUAGUUUCAUUUCAACUGGCUUGGAGGAAUCUGUUUCGGAGUCUGUACUCUCGCAUCUGGUAUCACAUACAUGGGAUCAAGUGGCUUCUUUGGCAGCAUCUGACUCAUCAUUAUAUUUGAGAACUCGUGCUAUGGCACUUCUUAUAGCCUAUGUCCCAUAUGCCAGUCAACAUGAGUUACAAUCCUUGCUAUCGUCUGCUGACUGCAUUCAUGGCACAAAAGUUUUACAUCCAGCAUCUGAGGGCCCAUUGCUACAGCUUUCAUUGGCUCUAAUUUCCUCUGCUUGCCUCCAUUCCCCGGUCGAAGAUGUCUUUUUGAUUCCUGAAAGUGUUUGGAGAAAUAUUGAGGCUUUGGGAUCGUCAAAGACUGAUGGCAGACUUGGAGAUUUGGAGAGGAAAGCCUGUCAAGUCUUAUGUCGAUUGAGAAAUGAAGGGGAUGAAGCUAAAGAGGUCCUAAAAGAAGUACUCUCUUCAAGUUCUGAAAAGAAAUUCGAUGAAGAUUUUCUCAGCAUUCGGGAGUCAAUACUGCAGGUCCUCUCAAAUAUGACAUCCGUGCAGUCAUAUUUUGACGUGUUCUCUCAAAAGAAAGAUGAGGAAAAAAUGGAACUAGAGGAGGCAGAACUAGAACUUGACAUCGCUCAAAAGGAGUUCAGACAACCUGAUUCUAACAAUUUUCCAGGAGUCACUUCCUCUGCAGUAGCUAACUCACGUCUUCAGCAGAUCAAGAACUCCAUUCGCUCCAUAGAAAAAUCCCAACUACAAGAAGAAGUAGCAGCUCGACGUCAGAAAAGACAUCUUAUGAAACAAGCACGGCACAAAUAUCUAGAAGAUGCUGCAUUGCAUGAAGCUGAACUUUUGCAAGAACUUGAUAGGGAGAGAACGGUCGAAAUGGAAAAGGAAAUUGAAAGACAGCGCUUGUUGGAGCUUGAGCGUGCAAAAACCAGGGAGUUACGCUAUAAUCUUGACAUGGAGAAGGAGAGACAAAUGCAGAGGGAACUUCAGCGGGAACUGGAGCAGGCUGAGUCUGGACCACGAUCAUCAAGACGUGAAUUCUCAUCCUCUUCCCAUAGUAGUCGACCUCGGGACAGAUAUCGUGAAAGAGACAAUGGCAGACCAAGUAAUGAAGGGAAUGCCAGAACGACUGUCAGUGGCUUACAGACUGAAACUUCUACUACGACCAGUUCAUCAAUGACCGGAGUACCAACCAUUGUGCUUUCUGGUGCGAGACAAUACUCAGGACAGUUGCCUACAAUCUUACAAUCUCGUGAGCGUCCAGAUGAAUGUGGUAGCAGUUACGAUGAAAAUGUAGAUGGAAGCAAAGAUUCAGGUGACACUGGAAGUGUUGGUGAUCCAGAAUUAGUUUCAAUAUUCGAUGGACAUUCCGGUCCGCUUGGAUCUGGUCAAAGGCAUGGAUCAAGAGGCAGCAAGUCAAGGCAAGUUAUAGAACGAAGGGAAAGGGAUGGUGGUCGACGCGAAGGUAAGUGGGAAAGAAAACAUUCAUGACCAAUGCCUUGAGAUUAGUAGACCAGUUAUCAUGAGUGCAUUGUUGGUUUCGAUGGAGACAACGAACCCUGUAUCAAUGGGUUAUUAGAUGUGGCACUGCAAGCAUUCCACAGGUUUGUUUCUAAUAGCCCGCGGUACAUAAUUGUUAACUUCAAUGGUGUAAUCCUAGAGUGGGUGAGGCUUGUGUACGAAGUCCGAGUAAAGCUAUGUUGACAUCCACGAAAUCUUCGUUCUUCUGCCGUGAAGCAAUCAAGGAAGAUGAAGUUUACGAGCUGGGACAUACCAAUGAAGGAGAAUUGACAGUGCCCAUGAAACAUCAUUUCUUGAAGAUUGCUUUGUUUAUUUAAAAUCAAUUUGCCCUCAUCAUAUUUUUUCUGAGGAAUCAUCAUGUGGGGAUCAAAUUGGAAAGGUCUCUUGCUCCUAAACCAUCUUAAUUGGCUAUAUUCAAUCUUUCUCUUCUGAAGAAAAAUAGUAAUGUAUGUGAAAAUUAUAUUAUUGCUUUAGGUGAAACACUUAUAUAGUAAUUUUAUUUUAAUUUUCAAUGACCAUUAAAAAUUAUAAUAUAGUCUAUACCUCUUUCCAAAAA